GGAGGCCUCCCGAUGAGUUAAAAUGGUGCUGAGGCUCGAGGGGAGCUGGUCGCUGCUCGUAGGGAAGAGGUUCCUCAGCCUGUCGGAGGAAGACGGCGGGCCCUGGGACACCAGCCGCAUCUUGGAAUGGCCCUGGAAGUCGGGCAGGAUCCGAGCGGUUUCGCACACGGACAUAUCCAAACAAGACCUGAAGAUUUGUGUAGAAUUUGAUGAUGAGUCAUGGGAAAAGAGAAGAUGGAUAGAAGUCUACAGCCAGAAAAUGCAAGUGUUCCUGGUGGAGCAGAAGCUGGUGCUGGCUGAAAGAAAGUCUCCAGCCAGUUCUAUGUCUCCUGUCCAGUGGCCUGCAAUGAUUUACAAGUCCUUAGUGGACAAAGCUGGUUUGGGAUCAAUGGUUUCAGUACGCUACCUUGGUGAAGAGAGAUGUGUUUUUCUUUCUAAAGACCUUCUGACUCCCAUUCAGGAUGUGGACAGUUCCAGGCUUCCUCUUAAGGAUGAUCAAAAUGUCAAUGAAGAAAUUCAGGCUUUGGUUAAGAAGCACGUAGACGAAACACGCUUGGUACAAGGUGGAAAAAACAUAAUUGGUUCAAAAAUUAGAAUUUAUAGCCUGGAUCCAUCCACUCAGUGGUUCACAGCAGUUGUUGUCAAUGGCAAUCCAGCUACAAGGACUCUAGAGGUCAACUGUCAGGAGAUUCCAGCUUUAAAAACUCUUGAUCCAGAGUUAAUUCACGUUGAAAUCAUAUAUGACAACAAUGGAAACUGUGAUAAGUCUAAAAGAAUUGGGGGUGUGAAAAGGAAGUCAUCUGAGACUAGUGGAAGUGUUGAUGCUAAACGCACAAAAUCUCCUCCUGAGGUUUCUCCCAGUCAGGGGCAGGUGCAGUCAGUACCAACUGUGCUGGGUGAAGCAUUGCUGGGAUGUACUCCUGCUAAUAAAGACCAAAGGCAUCAAGGCCUGCCCCUGCCAGCUAACUCACCACCCAAUCUUGGUGCAGAAACUCCUCAGGGCACCUGCAGACGAAGCUUACCAGAAACUCAUCCUUCUUGUCUUAAUGCUGGAAUUAAACCCUCAAAGGAAAAUCAGACGACCUUUCCCAAAGUGGGGUUUAUAUCUAAAGAACAAACACAAAAUCUUAAUGAUCAAAACGGGAACUAUACCUCUAUGACAACCUCAAGAUCUUCAACUGAUUCAGCUAAUGAGAAAGGAACCAACCAGAAAAAUACAAAUGAACCUCUUAAGAAGCCCUCAACAAACUUUCCAAAAGAAUGCAUUUCUGUAAAACAGUUGCAACAUCUUAACUCUUCCCCAGCAAUACCCAGAGUCAGCAGCACUGUUGAGCUGCAGCGGACUUUAGACUGUAGACCCUCAACCUCAGAUGCUCAUCUUCUCCCUUUUACCCAGCCUGGAGUUAAACCACAAAGCAAUUGCAAAAGUCAGGGCAGCCACAGAGGAAACAAGACUGAUGAACUUACAGACAUGGAAUUUUUUAUUAGAAGAAAUUCCAAUGAGAUUCUUCAUGACAGAGCUGAAAAUGAAAGUUUUUGGACUGGAAGUGUCAAGGUCCAGGAUAAUAUCAUCGUUCGGAAGUCGAUUUUGGCAGACCCUGCUAAGGUGAAGAGGCUGCAGCAGAGCGGGGAGGCGUUCGUGCAGGACGGCUCCUGCAACAACAUCGCCCCCCACCUGCACAAGUGCCGCGAGUGCCGCCUGGACAGCUACCGCAAGAACAAGGAGCAGAAGGACUCCACCGUCUUCUGCCGCUUCUUCCACUUCAGAAGGUUGCAGUUCAACAAGCAUGGAAUACUGCGCGAGGAAGGUUUCCUAACUCCAAAUAACUAUGACCCUGAAGCCAUUAGCUUGUGGCUGCCUUUAUCAAAAAAUGUUGUGGGUCUAGACCUCGACACAGCGAAGUAUAUCCUUGCCAACAUUGGAGACCACUUUUGUCAGCUAGUUAUAUCUGAAAAGGAAGUUAUGUCUACAAUUGAACCACACAGGCAGGUGGCCUGGAAGCGCGCGGUGCGUGGCGUUCGGGAGAUGUGUGACGUCUGUGACACCACCAUCUUCAACCUCCACUGGGUCUGCUCCAAGUGCGGCUUCGGCGUCUGCGUGGAUUGCUACAGGAUGAGGAAGAAAAGCUCACGUGAAGAUGAUGACUCGGACACUUUCUCCUGGUUUAAAUGUGUGAAGGGGCAGGCACAUGAGCCAGAGAACCUCAUGCCUACACAAAUAAUUCCUGGAAAAGCUCUCUAUGAUGUUGGUGAUAUUGUUCACUCCGUAAGAACAAAAUGGGGAAUAAAGGCAAAUUGUCCUUGUGCAAAUAAGCAGUUCAAGGCACUAUCAAAGCCAACUCUAAAGGAGGAUUCAAAACAGAACUUGGUACCUGGAGAGAGGUCCAGCCUUCAGCAAAACUGUUUUGUCCUCAGCCCACAAGUCACUGCACACGACCCUCCUCUAAAGUCAGCAGCUGGAAGCAAACCAACUGCUUCAGUAAACACUUCUCCUUCGUUAAGCUGGUUAUCAAAUGUAACAAGUGGAAAUGUGAACAAAGAAAACAAAGAGAAACUCCCUGUACCUAUUUCAAAGAAUGAAAAUAAACCUCUUCAGACACUCCCCAGUUUGGCCAAGCCUUCUGCAGCCCUGCAGACCUUCAACAGUGCAAUACUGACACCUGUGAGCAACAACAACACGGGCUUCUUGCGGAACCUGUUGAACUCUUCUGCAGGAAAGACAGACAAUGGACUCAAGAGUACACCCAAAAUCCUGGAUGACAUUUUUGCUUCCCUGGUGCAGAACAGAACCAUUAGUGACCUGCCAAAGAAGCCUCAGGGGCUGACCAUAAAGCCGACGAUAAUGGGCUUCGACACGCCGCACUACUGGCUGUGUGACAACCGCCUCCUCUGCCUGCAGGACCCCAACAACGAAAGCAACUGGAACGUCUUCAGGGAGUGCUGGAAGCAGGGACAGCCUGUAAUGGUGUCGGGAGUGCAUCACAAAUUAAAUGCAGACCUCUGGAAACCAGAGUCCUUUAGGAAGGAAUUUGGCCAACAAGAAGUAGAUCUGGUUAACUGCAGGACCAAUGAAAUCAUCACUGGAGCUACUGUAGGGGAUUUCUGGGAUGGCUUUGAGGAUAUUUCAAGUCGCCUGAGAACAGAAGAAGGAGAGCCAAUGGUGUUGAAGCUUAAAGACUGGCCUCCAGGAGAAGACUUCAGAGACAUGAUGCCUUCACGGUUUGAUGAUUUGAUGAAGAACAUUCCCUUGCCAGAGUACACGAGGAGAGGUGGGAAGCUGAACCUUGCCUCUCGGCUCCCCAACUACUUUGUGCGGCCAGACUUGGGCCCCAAGAUGUACAACGCCUACGGCUUAAUAACACCCGAGGAUAGAAAAUACGGCACGACAAACCUCCAUUUGGAUGUGUCUGACGCAGCUAAUGUGAUGGUUUAUGUGGGUAUCCCCAAAGGCCAGGCUGAUCAAGAAGAAGAAGUGCUUAAAACCAUACAAGAUGGUGAUUCUGAUGAGUUGACAAUUAAGCGUUUCACUGAAAGUAGAGAAAAACCUGGAGCUCUGUGGCACAUUUAUGCUGCUAAAGAUACAGAGAAGAUCCGGGAAUUCCUUAAAAAGGUUGCGGAGGAGCAAGGGCAGGAGAACCCUGUGGAUCACGAUCCCAUCCACGACCAGAGCUGGUACCUGGACCGAUCCCUGCGGAAGCGCCUGCACCAGGAGUACGGAGUUCAAGGCUGGGCCAUUGUACAGUUUCUAGGAGAUGUAGUUUUCAUUCCAGCAGGAGCUCCACACCAGGUUCAUAAUUUGUACAGUUGUAUUAAAGUUGCAGAAGACUUUGUAUCCCCAGAGCAUGUCAAACAUUGCUUCUGGCUCACUCAGGAAUUUAGGUAUCUGUCACAUACGCAUACGAACCAUGAAGAUAAACUGCAGGUGAAGAAUGUCAUCUACCACGCUGUUAAAGACGCGGUUGGGAUCCUGAGGGCGAACGAAUCCAGCCUUAGACCGUGAAGCAGAAAGCCUUAACCACACACUAGGAAACAGAAGCGCUGGCAGCUCUUUUAACUCCUCAGUCAGGACCUCUGUGGACUUUGAGAUUAUAUGAAUGUUACCUCAUCUUCCUUUCGGCAGUACCAGAGGCUCGUGGUACUAUGUUCUGUGUAUUCUUCCAAUGUUUACAAACCUGAUAUGUAUAUGUAGGAAUAUGUAUGGACUGUGGCAUACUGUGAAUGCUCAGUUGCAAUAGAACUUUAUAUGGAGUCGCUCUCCAGACUGUACAAAAUACCUCCUAUAGGACUGUCGGGAACUAUUCCAAAUUACUCGUUUGAAAAAUACUAUUCAAGACAUUGUAAAGCUCCGAUUUUUAAACUUUAUCUUUGGGUGGGAGGAAGUACAGAGACACCCAAUUUAAUAACCUAUUUACAGACAAACAAGAAUGCAGUUCUGGAAUUUCACAUUAACAUAGAACUAGCAUUUAAAAGUAGCUUUAAGCUAUUGUAUAGGAACAUAGAGAUGGGGGUUAACCAUCUUUAGGUAAAUGUAUUUAAAUUUCUAAAUGUUAAAAGAAACUUUUAAUCAAAUGUCUUCUGUUUGAAACUGUUCUUUAAUUUGAACCGAUGUUUGAUUCUCUGGUUUUUAACACUGAACGGUCUACAUAAAAUUCUUCUAUUUCA